AUAAUGGCAUCACAUCCACGCAGAGUUCGACUGAAACCCUGGCUAGUAGCUCAAGUAGACAGUGGAAUGUAUCCAGGUCUUCUGUGGCUUAAUAGGGAUGCAAAGCGAUUUCAAAUUCCUUGGAAGCAUGCAACUCGGCAUAGUCCUCAGCAUGAAGAAGAAAAUACAAUUUUUAAGGCGUGGGCUGUGGAAACAGGAAAGUAUCAAGAAGGGGUUGAUGAUCCUGACCCUGCAAAAUGGAAAGCCCAACUACGGUGUGCUCUCAACAAAAGCCGUGAAUUCAAGCUCAUAUACGAUGGUACCAAAGAAGUGCCAAUGAAUCCAAUUAAAAUUUAUGAAGUAUGUGACAUCCCACCAUCCCUGACGCCAAUUAUUAAUCCUGGUUCCACCGGUUCAGUUCCAUGGGAUGAGAAGGAUAAUGAUGUAGAUGAUGAAGAUGAAGAUGAAUUAAAUGAGUCUCAGCACGUAGCAAUACAGGAGAGUUUUCCAUUUCUUAAUAUCAAUGAUUCCCCAAUGGCUCCCGCCAGUGCAGAGACCUGUAGCCCUGAAGCUGUGUGGCCAAAGAAUGAACCUGAAGAUAUGGAGAUGCCAAUGCCCCCUGCCUUGCCAGCUCUACCGCAUGAUAUGUACAGCUCUCCUGAACUUUGGAUUAGCUCUCUUCCUAUGACAGAUCUUGAAAUCAAGUUUGAAUAUCGUGGCAAGGAGUUUGGGCAGACAAUGACUGUGAGCAAUCCCCAAGGCUGCAGACUUUUCUAUGGAGAAUUAGGUCCUAUGCCAGAUCAAGAAGAACUCUUCGGGCCUAUUAAUUUGGAGCAAGUCAAGUUUCCAGGGCCCGAAUCCAUCCCGAAUGAAAAACAAAAGCUGUUCACCAGUCGACUGCUUGAUGUAAUGGACAGAGGGCUAAUACUAGAAGUCAGUGGUCAUGCUAUCUAUGCUAUCAGGCUUUGCCAGUGCAAAGUAUAUUGGUCUGGGCCAUGUGCACCUUCCUCUACCACACCAAACUUAAUUGAAAGGCAGAAGAGAGUUAAGCUCUUUUGUUUGGAAACAUUUCUAAGUG